GAUCGGUUUAUGAAAAUAUAUCCAAGUUGAAUUACUAACAAUCGACAUUGGGCGCAGUUUUAUUCGCGCAAACGCGGCGUAUAGCCCCUUCGCUCAUUAUGCCGAGUAUACUCUACAGUCUACACUCUGCACUCUUCGUAUAGCUUAUACAUACGAUGUCUUCAGUACUACCUAUCACUAGCUGAAGUAUCAUUAUGAUUAAACUUACUCAUGCCAAAUCGGACAUGUUUACAUACAUUUUUGUGAUGUAUGUUUUUUCGUGUUAGUGAUAAUUCGCUUUAUCUUUUGAUUUUUUUCUAUAAUUAUAGUCAACUACAGGUUAACUAAAAAUCUAUUCUAUAAAAAUGGACUCAGAAAAGAAAAAGGAGGACUCUCAGAGUCAAUGCAACUAUGAUGUUGAUAAUGAAAUCGAACCAAGAUUAAAAUUUCUACGAUUACGAAACGACGUUAAUAAUAUUUUGCAAAAAGAUGCUGCCAGCUGCAUUGCUGUUCACCCAAAGUUUUUAUGUUUGGGAUCACAUUGGGGUGCUAUUCAUAUACUUGAUCAUCAAGGAAACAGCAUUGAAUCAAAAAGUUUACAAGCUCAUUCAGUAGCUGUCAACCAAAUUUCUAUCGAUGAGAAUGGUGAUUUCAUUGCAUCUUGCAGUAACGAUGGAAGAGUGUUUAUUUAUGGUUUGUACAGUACUGAAAAUAAUCACAACAUGAGUACAGGUAGAUGGGUCAAAAGUAUAGCAAUUGAUCCAAAAUAUUAUAAAAGUGGGAGUGGUCGAAAAUUUAUAGUAGGGGAUGAUAAAUUAGUCUUAUAUGAAAAAACAUUUUUAUCUCGAAUGAAACCAACCAUUUUAUGGGAAGCUGAAGGAAGUGUAUAUUCAAUAUCAUGGGCAGGCCACUUUGUUGCUUGGGCUUCUGAUAAUGGCGUUCGUAUUUAUGAUUUAAACUCUCGAGUUUCUUUAGGUCUCAUAAAAUGUAUGAAAGUAACAGAAGCAAGUGCUGAGCAAUUUAGAUGUAAUAUGAGGUGGUCAGAUGAUAGAACUUUAUUAAUUGGUUGGGUUGAUACUGUAAGAAUUUUCAAAAUCAAAAAAAGAUCUGAAAGAGAUUUAAUAAACAAUGAAUGCACAGAGUUUAUUGUUGAACCAGUUUCAACGUUUCAAGUCAAUUUUUAUAUUUCUGGAAUUGCACCAUUAGAAAAUCAAUUAGUAUUGCUAGGAUGUUUAAAAGAAUUAUCAGAAAAUGGUAAAAGUCAACGGCCAACAUUACACAUUGUAGAACCAAAAUAUCAAGAUUACAAUAUUAUUUGUGCAAAUUCUUUGUCUUUAAGAGGCUAUGAAGAAUACAAUUGCAAUGAUUACCAUUUGGAUUGUUUGGUAGAAGAAAAUAGAUUCUUUAUUGUCAGCCCAAAAGAUAUUGUAGUUGCUAGUCUAUACAAUGUAAAUGAUAGAGUGCAGUGGUUACUGAAUCAUGGAAAAUUUGAAGUAGCUUUAGAAGUUGUUCAAGCUGGUGGAAAAGAUUGUAAGCACUCUGUGACAGAUGUUGGUAGAAUUUACCUAGAUCAUUUGCUCAACUGUAAAAAAUAUGAUGCAGCAGGAAAGCUUUGUUUAACUAUAUUAGGCCAGAAUAAAAAACUUUGGGAAGAAGAAGUCUACAAAUUUGCCAAAGUUCAUCAAUUACGUACCAUAUCUGCAUAUCUACCUAGAGGUGAUGUAACAUUAGAUUCACAUAUUUAUGAGAUGGUUUUGUAUGAAUACUUGAAAUUAGAUCCAAUUGGUUUUUUGCAACUCAUUAAAGAAUGGUCUCCAAAAUUGUAUACUGUUACUGCUGUUAUUAACAUGGUAUUAGGACAUUUUUCUGUUCAUAAUAGUGAUAGUCAAAAUGUGCUUUUAGAAGCAUUAGCUAUAUUAUAUGGUCAUGAUGGAAAAUAUGAUAAAGCUCUAGCCAUGUAUUUGAAACUUAAACAUAAAGAUGUGUUUCAAUUAAUACAGAAACAUAAAUUGUAUGAUUCAGUUUAUGAUAUGAUAGAAGGUUUAAUGGAUUUAGAUUCUGAGAAGGCUAUACAAUUUUUUUUGGAAAAGGAAAAAGUAUCUCCAGAAAUAAUAGUUGAAAAAUUAAAAAACAAUCAGUACUAUUUAUAUUUGUAUCUAGAUGCCUUGGAUAAGAAAGAUACAAAAAAUACAAAAGGAAAAUAUCAUGGUUUACUCGUUUCCUUGUAUGCAAAUUUUUCAAGAAAUAAAUUGUUACCACUCCUAAAACGGUCCGAUAACUAUCCAAUUCAGCAAGCUUUAGACAUUUGCUAUCAAAAACAAUUUUAUCCAGAAAUGGUAUAUUUACUUGGAAGGAUUGGAAAUACAUUGCAGGCUUUACAACUAAUGACAAGAAAGUUAAAUGAUUUGGAAAGUGCAAUUAUAUUUUGUCAAGAACACGAUGAUGAAGAAUUAUGGAACGACUUGAUUCUUUAUUCAUUAGACAAACCAGACGCUAUAACGUUUCUUCUGAAAAAAAUUGGCACUUAUCUUGAUCCUCAACUUAUGGUAGAGCGCAUCGAUUCUAAUUUAGAAAUUCCUGGGUUAAAAAAAGCCUUGGUAAAAAUGAUGCGGGAUUAUACUUUACAAGUCUCAAUUCAAGAAGGAUGUAAAAAAAUUUUAUCAAAUGAUUAUUUCAAGUUGCAUCAUAGAUUGGUCAGAAGUCAUCAAAAAGGAAUUCUAGUCGACGAUGAGCAUAUGUGUGGAGCUUGUCAUAGAAAAAUAAUCAUUCGAGAGCCCAAAAAUCUCAUUGUUUUCAACUGCAAACAUUCCUUUCAUGAAGAAUGCUUAACAAAUCUUCAAAUAAUUGAAAAUUGUACAAUAUGUAUUCACCAAAAAAAUAAGCAGCCAAGUAAAAUAUGAUCUGCAUAAGAUUGAAUGUCACAGAAUGAUGAAAAAAAAUUCAGAGAGGCUGUGUAAUUGUAUAAUAUCAUCAUUUUUUAAAAUACUGAUUCUGUCACACAUUAUAAGUAUAUUUUGUUAAAAUUACAUUGACUGUUUACAAUCAAUUUAAAUAAAUUGUUAUUUUAAUUAAAA